AUGUUCGCUGUACAGACUACGGUCGCGCUGCUUGCCGGCCUAGUCGCUGUCGCACUCCUAGUGAUACGCAAGAGCAAGCCGGCCGGCAAAGCGACACCCCUCAAGCUGCCUCUCAUCGGCGACCUCCACAGCUCCCCGCGCGAAACGCCGCUCGUCCAUUGGGAUGCCUGGGCCGAAAGGAAUGGAGCAAUCGCGACACCAAAGUUAUUCGGCAUCGUGCCGAUAGUGGUACUGAAUACAGCCGAGGCGGCGACAGAGCUGCUCAGCCGCCGGAGUCAGUGGUACAGCAACCGACCCCCGUCGACGAGCAUGGAAAUGAUCACGGGCGCGGGUCCCGGCCAGUCCCGAUUCACGUUGAUGCACGAUUAUGAUUCUCAUUUGAAGCUUCACCACAGACUGCUGGCACCGAGCCUCGGUGCCGUUGCGGCGCCGCGGUAUCAGCCCGUGAUGGAACUUGAGUCAAAGCAGCUGCUGUUUGAUUUGGUAGUCGCUGUGGGUGGCAAUACGGAAAGCGCCAUCAUCAACAGCUCGGAUGUUUACCCCUUGCUCGAACGCACGCAGUCCAGUGUCAUUCUUUCACUGCACUAUGGCCUGCGGAUUCCCGAUGUUUCGGACCCUAUACUUCACGAGAUCAUUGACAUCCAGACACAAGUCACGCAUCUCGCGGCGAACCCGGGGCUACCUGAUUUUAUAACUCUUUUAAGGAACCUGCCCGCCAUGCUCUCGCCCUGGAAAACAGCUGCAGAUAAACUCUUUGCUACGCAGGUCGACUUGUACGGGCGGUUGUAUGAGCAUGGCAAAGCAUCACGGUGCUGGAACGCAACAAAGCAAGCUGUCGCGACCGCCGGGAGGGUCGUGCCAAGCGACAUCCGUCCGGCCGACUUCGACCUCGACCUCGCCUUCACGCUGGCCACAUCAGUCCAAGGCGGCAUGGAAACCUCGCCGCGCCAGAUCCUGUGGCUGUUCAUCGCGGCCUUGCAGAACCCAGGCUUUGUGCGCCGCGCACAUGCCGUUCUGGACGACGUCGUCGGUCAUGACCGUCUGCCUCGGUUCGCCGACAGGUCAAGUCUUGCCUUCAUCGACGCUGUCAUUCACGAGCUGUUUCGAUGGCGACCCGUCUCGCCGGGGAGCAUCCCACGUCGUGCUGACAAGGCGGACGAGUUUGCAGGCGUCAAGAUUGUCAGGAAUGCGACGAUCAUCACCAACGCGUGGGGUAUCGGACGUGACGGAAAAGCCUUUGACCCCGGUCUCGGCGACCUGCAGGAGUUCAUCCCGGAGAGAUGGCUUGAUGGACAAGGCAAGGUCAACAGCAGUCUGCCGCUACCGGUGUUUGGCCAAGGCCGGAGGGCUUGCUUGGGCAGACGGGUGGCUGUCGACGGCACGUUCUUGCAGGUCGCAAAUCUGCUGUGGGCGUUUGACGUCGAGGCCAGUGAGGAGGUCAAUCCGUGGGCCAUGUCAGUUGUCGGGUUCAUGACGGUGCCGACGGAGUUUCGAUUCAAGCUUAAGCCACGCGGACCGUGGGUGGUGGAUGUGGUCACACGAUCGUGGGAAGAUGCGAGCAAGGACUUGGGCGAGGUGAUGGGACUGUCGCAUGAUGUGGAGGGAUAG